UCCUCCCUUUUAAAUAAACUUCCCUGUCCUUCAUUGUACUUUCCCAUUUUCAUCACAAGCCUCAAAAAGAUUCGCCCUUCCCCUGUUCCUGGUUCGUUUGCUGAGAAGAUGAAGGAAAGGAUGCCGAGAAGGCGAGCUCCCGGGGACGCCCUUCUGCGGUAGCCUAGCCUGCUGUCACCUCGGAAUCCAUAUAGCGGACAGUGGAAGAAAAUGGCUAAUAAGAAGAUGAAGGAAGACGAGAGAAUCGAGAGGGCCAUUCGUAGCCUUCUGAAACUUCCCGAGAACCGCAGAUGCAUAAACUGCAACAGCGUGGGGCCACAAUAUGUCUGCACAACCUUCUGGACAUUUAUCUGUACAAACUGCAGCGGGAUACACCGAGAAUUUACACACCGAGUAAAAUCUGUAUCGAUUGCCAAGUUCACCACUGAUGAAGUCAGUGCCCUCCAGGCCGGCGGAAAUGAGCGAGCGAGGCAAAUAUAUUUCAAAGAAUGGGACCCUCAUUGCAAUUCUCAACCCGACAACAGUAAUCUGUAUAAGCUCCGAGAUUUUAUUAAGCAUGUGUAUGUCGAUCAGAAGUUUACUGGUGAAAAAGAAACCGAGAAGCUUCCGAGGGUGAGACUGGCGGACAAAGUGAACUCUAGCGAAAGUAGAAGGCCCAGCUCAUCUCGGAUCGGGCUCAGUAGCCCAAGCUAUGAGGACCGAUACGAUCAUCACUAUCAUUCUGCGAGGUCUGGUCCCUCUCCCAGCGCAAAAAGUGAUGAUGGGAUCGUGAGGUAUUAUUAUGAUGAAAGCAGAAGCCCCAGAUACACACAACAGAGCUCACGUACCGGUUACAGAAGAAGUCCUGCUCGGUUUGAGGUCGUUGACGACAGGUUUCGAGAUGAUGGAUAUGGAAGUCGGAGACGGUCUACUAAUGCCAUGAGGCUAAUGAGCGAGGAUUUCAGGGUCAUAGGGAGAAGGUCCUUUGAUGGUCUUCAGAAGAAUGCAGAGAAGCCAUCAAUUUCCCUAGAGGCUCGCCUCGAGAGAGAGCUGUCACGGCAGGCCUCUCAGUCGGUGAGAUCACGUGAAAGGAUUGAGGGGAAAGACAGUCAAGAUCCUUCAAAUGAUCAAGCAAGUUUAGCUGUUGAAAAGAAGGCACCAUCUUCGCCUAGUCAGGGCUCUUCUAGCAACGAAAACAAAGCAAAAGAAGAAAAAGUUGCCAACCAGGGAAGCUUGAUCGAUUGCGGUGAUGACUCAAAGCCUCCUGAUGUUCAGAAACAACAGCGCCCUCCACCCAUGGCCACCACCACCACCACCACCAACACCAACACCAUGACUACUGUUACCGCCCCUCCUGCUGCUGCUAAUAACGAUGAGACAAACUGGGCCCCCUUCGGAUCCUCUACAGAGGAGAAGAAAGCACCGACCAAACCUUCAAAUCCUAACACUCUCGAGUUUUUACUAUUUGAACUUGCUGGUCCAGCACCUUUGCCAGGACCGAGCAGCAAUGAAGUAUUUAGUGGGGUGGAUCAACCCACCACUGUGCAAAAUGUAAUACCCACCACUGAGCAUAAUAUAAUAGUGGGCCCGUCACGGUUACCUGAACCUGAAAGUGUGGAUGCCACCAGUCCCGCAUCUCAUCCCAAUGCCUCAAUCCAACAGCCCCUUGACGAGACCUCGGGAGGUUCACCAGAUGAUGGUGCCAACUUGGUGCAGUUUCCGGUCUCGCAUCAGUACCAUCAGCCUCCAACAUCUGCUCCUGCAGAGAACAUGUCACUUCAAGAACAACCCAUUCCAUCGGCCCCAGCAGAAAACAUGUCAAUUCAAGAACAACCCAUUUCAUCGGCCCCAGCUCCAUCGGUGGAAACAGGGAUACAGCAACAGUCUGCAAAUUCUCCUGGUCCUGCCCAAAAUGUUAAAACCGAACCGGAAACAAGUUCUUUCAUGGCAUCACAAAGUCCUCAGCUUGAGAGGAAGCCCAGCGGAAGAAGGGAACUCCCAGCGGACCUUUUCACUGUGCUUUAUCCUCAGGCUCCGGCUCCUGUCCGGACAUGGCAACCUGUUCCACUGCAGGGCUUUGGGUUCAACAUGCACUAUUACCCUCCUAAUAUGAUGCAACUGGGUGCGUAUUCCAACUCCCCAAAGUCGACUAACCCAUUUGAUGUUGGAAUGGAAGGAACCGAACCUCAACGUCCCAUGUUCCCUUCUACGGUGCCUAUGCAAGGAGCCCUCUUUAACAACGACAUUUCAGCUCCUUCGGGUCCGUUUAGCCUUGGGCUGCAUCCCUCUUGUGUGCCGCCUAUGCAACCUCAGUCUCCUUCUCAUGGACCGGCAUUUUCCUCUGGUGUAUACAUGGGGCAACAACAUGGACAGGGCAAGAUGCCGUUCUCAAGCUUACAACAGCAGCAGCACGGAUACGAGGGUUUUGGUGGAAACCCGAACCAUCAGAUGAUGUCCUACCCAGGUGCCAUUGCCCCUAACUACUCCUCUUCUUCACCUGUUGGGGGAGGAAACCCGUUUGAUUGAAAACAAGAUUGGAGGAAAAGAUGAUAAAUCCACUGGAUCAUGUCACCUGUUCACGAAAAGGCUCGUAAAAGCUCUCUAACAGUUACAUGAGUGGCAGAUCUUAAUAAAAAAAAUCUCAGCAAAUUGUGAACGACCACAAUGUGGACAGACCGAGGUACUAAAUUACUAGUUCAUGGCGUUUAACUAAUUAAUUAUGUCACUGUACAUCAAAUUGUAGCAUUUAUAUCCUUGAUUUAGCAGUCUCGGUUCGGUUUAUAGGAAAACACGAAAAACAGUAAUUGUCAAGACAGUACAUAUUUGUAAAGUGCAUUAGUUUGUACCCUUUCCUAUGAAGAUUCAUUGUCCACUGUAUACACUA